AUGAAAAUUACUUGCUUAGCUUUGAUUACUUUAUUUACAAUAUCUUUUGUCUAUGUUGAUGAACAGUCUAACCCUGUCAAAGAAUGUUCUCAAUAAACUGAAGCUGAAAUUAAUUUUGUUGAAAUAGAAUUGUAAAGAUUGGAAAAACACACUGAUAAUAACAAAAAAGGUAACAAGAAAAAUGAAGGUGAAAAUUAGGAUAAGGAAAAAAGAAAGAUUAAGGAGAAAAUAAGGACAAGGGAAACAAAAAAGAUGAAGGAGAAAAGCAGAUCUUAGGAAACAAUAUAAAUGAAGAAAAUAAAAGAUGAAAGAAAUAAGAAAGAAGAAGAGAACAAGAAAGAUGUAGGGAUUUAAAAUGGAUUGAAAAGUACUGUUUUAAUGAACUAUUAAAAAUAAGAAGACCUUAUUUGCUAUGCUUGA